AUGUUUAGAAACCUUCAAAUAUAUUUGGCGAAACGAUUUUACUGUAAACAAGUGGAGAAAUUAAAUCAAGUAAAUGACUUCUGGAAAGAUAUAAAACAUUCUUCCAAAAUUUCUAAAGAACCUUACAAAAUUAAAUUUAAAAGUGAAACUACAAGUGGAAUUAAAAUUGACUUGGAAACAAUUCAUCUUUUAGAACGCCUUUCGCUUGUAGAUUUGGAACAUAAAGACGCAUUAAAAACUAUUCAAGAUUCAAUUCAGUUUGCUGACUUGAUAACAUAUGUUAAUACUGACGCUAUUGAUCCGCUUUAUACUGUAUUAGAACAAGAGGAACUUUACCUACGUGAAGAUAAUAUUACCGAUGGGAACAUUAAAAAUGAUAUUUUAAACAACGCAAAGGUUACUGAAGAAGAUUACUUUAUAGCUCCUCCGGGAAAUAUUCCAAUAGAACAAGAAAAUAAAGAAUUAAGUACCUAA